AACCAAACCAUUCACCAUUCUCUUGCUCUUCUCACCCUGCUUUGCUAGCUUACCAUAAUCUAUUAAUUUCAUCUUCAUGACUUCCCUGGGAUAAUGAUAAGCAAAUCACGUUAAGGAUAAAGAAUGGUUGAUUUACUUGAUGGGCCUAAACAAAAAAAGUACAACAACACCAAGGAGCCUGAUAAUUUGUGGAUGAUGUCAAAUCAAGAUUUGAACGAGAUGUCAAAUCAAGAUUUCAACGAGAUGUCAAAUCAAGAUUUGAACGAGAUGUCAAAUCAAGAUUUGAACGAGCUGGCUUUUAGAAUGUUUGUGACAUCGGAGAGUGCACGCCAAAAAGGAAAGGCUGCCGGCCGUGUCUCAGCAUCGGUGCCAUGGGCCAAUAUCCAGCUCAUUGUAGGGAUGCUUGAACAAUUCCAGUAUAAUGACCGUGUUGUUAUUAACAUCCUCCGGUGUUGGAGGAGAUAUUACAUCCUCCGGUGUUGGAGGAGAUAUUACAGAGAAAGAGGACGAGGAGGCACAGGAAGAGGAAGAAGAGGUGUGGGACAAGGACGCCGAGGUGGAGGGGGAGCAAGAGGAGGUAGAAGGCGUGUUGCAGAAGGCAGAUAUAACAUUGAGAGGCAGGAAGAAGAGCCUGAUGAUGAGUGGUACAAUGAGACUGUUGGAGGAGAUGAUUGGGACCAUGAGGAUAGGGAAGAAGGAGGAAUAUAAUCAUUAUUUUUAUUAUGUCUCAAUACAUACACUUUUUCACAUGAUAUUUUAUGUUUAAUUUUUAUAUAGUUAAUAAACUAUACAAUUACGUGUUUUGUUAAGCUUCAAAAUAUUAGCUUUGUUUGAUAUUAAUAAAUAAACUGUUUAUAGUUU